UGAUGAACCCAUGCCAUACAUGUGAUAUGCAAAAAGCAAUUUCAGCUUUGUUCCAAAUUGGGACCAUGAAAUGAUUGGACCUUAUUAUGGCUAAUAGAUUUUUGGUUGCUAGAUUAUCAAUUCUAAUAAUACAUAUAAAGUACAAAUAUACAAAAUUUAAAACACAAUCACAAUUAUCAGAAAAUUAUUAAAUAAUGACAAUAAGUUACCAAAACUAAUUUUGCUAAAGUUAGUAUGGGCAGUGUACAUGAUUAAUACUAUAGAAGGGAAUGAUUCUAAAAAAUGGCUAAAUCCUCUCAAAAGACAGUAAUGCGACAGAAGGGGACAUGGGAAAGAUGGGGAAGCGUACAGAGAGCAAGGCGUGGUGAAGUAAUAGAUGAACCAGAAAGAGUGAAACAGAAUGGUCACAAAGUGGCCAAAGAGAAGGCAACACUGGAAAGCCUGCAGUUUCUGAAUCCAAACUUAUCAAAACCCUUUGUCAAUAAUAGAUACAAGAAAAAAUAUAUGAUCAUUCCUGAUAACAUGAAAUUAAGUAGAUCCAGAUUGAGACAGUUGAAACGUUGUGAUACUGUGGUACUGAAAAACUCACAAUGGAUGGAUCUGGUAGAUUUCUAUACAAACAGAUUCUUUCGUAUUAUGAGGCUUGUUGGUUCCGCAUUGAGUGUUUUGGCACUUGCAGGAAAUGUUCUGAGUCUGAGGACAAACAACUGGUCAACACAAAAUGGUUUAGAAAAGGUGGUACUAACAUUCAUGGGGUUCACUGCAGUAUUUGACCUGAUUGCAGUUGGCUUAUGUACAAGAGGAAUAUUUCAGGAGAAUAUGUUUGAGAUAAUAUAUAACUUUAGUUCAGCUGCAGAACUUCAAAUCAUAUGUACAUUCGGGAAUCACUGGAAUUCACAGUAUCUAGCUGAUUUAAAGAUGAACCCUGAUGACAUCACAACUCCAGAUGAUUCUCCGCGAGACCUUCGUGUGAAAUGUGCGCGAUCAGGAAGUCUGGCCUCAAUAUCAUCCCAGGAUGAAGAAGUUGAGAACAUGCGACAGCUCCCCCUUGCGGAGAGAAAAGAGCAGAUCCUACGCAAGCUUUGUGACUUGAACAACCAGUUACGAAACAUCAACAAAAAGUCCAAUCUUGUUUUACUGUCUGAUGCCAUCAAUAUGCUACAAGAGAAUGGAUCAAAUGAAGAAGUUACCUCACUUGAAUCACUUAUCGAGAUUUGGCAAGAUCGGAGUGCAGAGGCAAAUAAAGAAUUAUGUAGCCACAUUGAGACUUACAUAUUUGAGAUCCAUGAAAUAUAUGGCAUCUUUAACAGUUUAAAGACACAUAUCAUCCCACUAGUAGAUGUUCACUUUAACAAGAAUAACAUUGAAAUCGACGAACACAAAGUCUGGGCUCAAAAAAGCUGGCUGGCAUUACGUGAAGAAAUCAAAAUCCUUGAAAACACGUCACAAAAAGGUGAAAUAGAAUCUAGUCAACUUUCUAGUAAAGAUGCUAGGAAAUAUAAAUUUAAGGACAAGCAGGUUUCUCUUCCGAGGAAUGACCCAGUGUUGUAUCUAAGAUCUUAUAUGAUUGAGCAGCUUACAUCAAUACUGAUGUACCUCCAUCAAUGGGUCCUUUUCCAUAACAACGCUGCAAAUCUAACCCUCUUGAGAACAGAUAGGACUUCUAUUAACCAAGCCAUAGAACAUUUCGAAUUAGAAACCAAGCUUUUAGAGAAAGAGAUUGGUGAUCUAAAGGAGACGUUAAAACAGCGUCCAAACAUUGAGUCAGAUGAUGCGAUACUUGAGGCUCUCCAUGCUAACCCUGAGUUUGCUGAGGAGAUAGGGCAGAUGGCAGCAAAGAUGAAGGAACUUAAACAAGAACAUGUCAAAGAUAAUGAUGAACUUAAAAAGAAACAAAAAAGAAAAGAUGACAUAGAGAAACUCUUCAAAGGAGUGAAGAAACCAGCCAUGAAGAAAGAACUCCUAGACUUGGAGAAGUCCAUUAAGACUUUAACAGCACGAGUGACCAACUUUGAACAACGCCUUAACAACCAUGAUAAUGUCAAAGAACAGCUAAAAUACAAAUAUCUUGAAACAUUUAACAAAAUGGAAGAAGAUAUCAAAGUCAAAACAGCCAGAAUUGAAGCUAUAAAUGAACAAAUUAUGGAACCUAAAGAAAAAUUGGAAGCAACUGUAAAAAACAUAGGGGAAAUUAUGUUCCAAUUAACAAGGUGCCAGAAAAACUGGAUGGACAUUGGAGCAAAGAAUUGGCAUUCACUUACGGAAUGUAGAGAGGUUACGCCAUGUAUCAGCAGAACUACACCAGAGGCACUUAGGGCUAGAUGGGUGUCCUACUAUUCAAUCAUGAACCCAAGAGGGGUGGCCCUAAUCAUCAGCAAUGAGCCUACCAAGCUGGCCAAGGGGGAGAGACCAGGAGGCAGGCAUGAUGUCAACACUUCCAGGAAUCUCUUCAAGAAUCUUGGCUUUGAUGUCAGAGUGAGAGAGAACCUCACUUCGAAUGAGAUGACAGGUGUGAUGAAGAGCCUGGCAUCAGAGUACAACUCAAAGUCAACCUCCUACAGUCUUCUAACCAUAGUCAUCCUUACCCAGGGGACCAAUGGGAAACUCCUGGAUAAAGAUGGAAAGAGUGUCUCCCUCCCUUCCCUCCUGGAAUGCUUCAGUACAACCAACUGCCCUGCUCUGAAUGGACGCCCCAAGCUCUGUAUCAUCCAGAGAUGUCAGUGGAGUGACAACAUCAAUGUAGAAAACAUUGAUGAUGUUGAUAACACAACAAUCAACCAACCUGAAGAGACCAUAAACUCUACCAAAGAAACCCUGAGUAAAAAUGCUGACUUUGCAAUUGUGGAACACCAGUUGAACAACUGGGACAAUCUAAGAGAUGAGGAAGGAGGUUCACUGUUUGUUCAGAUCAUGGCUGAGGUGGUAGCAGCAAAGGCAUUUUAUUUAGACUUCAGUGCAAUGUUCAGUGAGGUAGUGAGGCUCCUUAGGGCCAGGCAUACCCCUGUAUUUCCUACAAUAUUGUCAACUCUUACUAAAUCGUUAUAUUUCUUUCCUGGUGACAGCACUAGACCAUCACCUUGAUGUAC